CCGCCUGACAGUCGCUCCGCGUCGCUGCUGCGCCGCCUGCCGCUCCCGCCGCCAUGCGGAUCCUCAUCAAGGGUGGCGUGUGGAAGAACACCGAGGAUGAGAUCCUCAAGGCGGCCGUCAUGAAGUACGGCAAGAAUCAGUGGUCGCGCAUCUCGUCGCUUCUGGUGCGCAAGUCGGCCAAGCAGUGCAAGGCGCGGUGGCACGAGUGGCUCGACCCGUCCAUCAAGAAGACGGAGUGGUCGCGCGAGGAGGAGGAGAAGCUGCUGCACCUGGCCAAGCUCAUGCCCACCCAGUGGCGCACCAUCGCGCCCAUCGUCGGCCGCACCGCCGCGCAGUGCCUCGAGCACUACGAGCGACUCCUCGACCAGGCGACGCGGCGGGGCGCGUCAGCGGACGGAGACGCGUCGGCGGCGGACGACCCUCGCCGGCUGCGGCCGGGCGAGAUCGACCCGAACCCCGAGUCGAAGCCCGCGCGACCUGACCCGGUGGACAUGGACGACGACGAAAAGGAGAUGCUCUCCGAGGCGCGCGCGCGCCUCGCAAACACGCGCGGCAAAAAGGCAAAGCGCAAGGCGCGCGAGAAGCAGCUCGAGGAGUCGCGCCGGCUGGCGGCGCUGCAGAAGAGGCGUGAGCUCAAGGCGGCGGGCAUCGAGGUGGCCUCACGGGCGCGCAAGGUGCGCGGCAUCGACUACAACUCGGAGAUCCCCUUCCAGAAGACGGCGCCCGCCGGCUACUUCGACACCACAGGCGAGGACGCGUCGGCCGAGGCGCAGUCUCGCGGCGAGGAGGGCGGCUUCAAGGCGACGCUCAAGAGCAAGCUGGACGCGCCGAACAAGGACGCAGCCGAGGCCAAGGCGCGCAAGGCGGACGCGGAGAAGCUGAAGCGGCGGCGCGAGGAGGCGCUCCCCGACGUCAUCGCCCAGAUCAACAAGCAGAACGAGCUGAUGGCGAUGAAGAAGCGCGGCCGGCUGAUGCUGCCGCCGCCCCAGGUGACGGACCGCGAGCUCGAGGCGGUGGUCAAAGCGUCGGCGAGUGGGCUGCUCGAGGACUCGGGGUCCGACGCCGCUCGCCUGCUCACCGCUUCGUACGACGCCACCCCCGCCGCCGGCGCGUCGGCGCGCACGCCGCGCGCGGCGGCGGGCGGCGGAGGUGACGCGGUCCUCGAGGAGGCGGCGGCGCAGGCGGCGAUGAUCGCGUCGGACACGCCGCUGCUCGGCGGCGAGUCGGCGCCGCUCGCCUCACUCGGCGACUUUUCGGGCGUGACUCCGCGGCCAAAGGGACUCACGCAGCAGACGCCAAACCCGCUCGCGGCGGCCGCCACGCCGGGCGGAAUGACGCCGUCCGCCGGCGGGGGGGGGGGG